AUGUCCGAAAUGGUCCGAGCGACCUGCUGCACCCUCGCUGGGUCUGAAGUGGAGCUGCAAGCGCAGAAGGGCCAAGACUUGCGCGAGGCCCUGCAAAGGAUCCUGCCUGAACUCGAGCCGCGAUCGCGGCUGCUGCUGUGGGCCAGCAAGGCGGACCGCGAGAUCCAGGACGCCGAGGAUCUGCGAGUCCUCGGGGAAGAGAUCGAGGUGAAGGUGUUGAAGGUGUUCGACCACGAUUUCCCUGGGCGCAAGCUGGACGUGGACUGCACGAUUUGCCCCCACUGCCGCAUGUGCACCUGGAGCUCCAGGGGUAGCAAACCGUGCGUGUUCGAUACCGACGAGGCUUGCGUGAUCUGCGGAGUUUGCUACAAGUGCCGAAGUCAGCCCUGCCUGCGGGAGCGCCCUCCCGACUUGCCGCCUUCGGAAUCCGCACGGGAACAGCCUGAGGCUCUGGAUCUGCCGCUGCAAGAACAUCCAACUCCACAAGCCUGA